AGCGGCCUAGAAGCAUUCGCUCGAGUUGUCAUUGACGGCUUGUCUUCAAAUCGAUACGAUACGUGUUGCAUUGCUAAAGUCCAUCGACCGCAAUACAAUAUUCGCAACUAUUAUAUUGGGCAGAGCCCUUUAUCAGCGGCUUCGGCAACCGGAACAAUGUUUCCCCAGCUGAGCUCGGGUCAGCUACGUUCCAUAGGUGAUGUAUCUGCCUCAUCCAUCAUCGACCCCAGACCCUCUGCUCCCUUGACCUUCAAGCUUCGCUCCAUAGCUUAUUCGUUCUACAUUGUCUAUACGCGUCUCUUUUUUAGCUCGAUAUCUAAGCCCCCUUCGUCAACAUGGGGUCCGAUCCGCAGUACAUAAAGUACCCUGAUCUCAACCUCGCCCAACAUGUCUUCAACCUCUCCAACCCUGCAUGCCCGCAAACAGUGCGACAGACAUCAUUGAAGAGACUUCAAGAUGUUAUUUCCGAGAACAAGAUGGCCCCCUUUUACCGACACCUCGCUCAUCCCGUCGAAGGCAUUCUGAACCACUCCGGUGAGGGUGUCGCCCAGCACCCGACCAAGUCCCUGCUUACGUCAAAUAUGCUGGCUUCGCGGAAGUCGCCUCAGAACAUAGACUUCGCCUGGGAUGAAUCUCUGUAUCAGUCACUGGUGGAAGACAACCGAAAGGAGUUGGAAACAUUCCAGAAGGAGGAGGAUGAAGCUGAGGAAGCCGCCGGGGAAACUGAGGUGCUGGCCGCACGGGGUAAGCGCGCCGAGUUCUGGGCCCGUGUAGGCGAUAAGGACAAAGCUAUCGAAUCCCACGAGGCCCUCCUUGAGAAGACGACAUUCCUCGGAACGAAGAUCGACCUGAUGCUGGCCAUGAUCCGGAUUGGUCUUUUCUUCGGCGAUACCCAUUCUGUCAAGAAGAGCAUUGAGCGGGCAAACACUCUGAUUGAAAGUGGCGGCGACUGGGACCGGAGAAACCGCCUCAAGGCCUACAAGGGUCUACAUCUACUCACCAUCCGUUCUUACAACCUUGCUGCCCCUCUGCUACUCGACAGUCUAUCGACCUUCACCAGCUACGAACUGUGCAGCUACUCGUCCUUGGUCAUCUAUUCGAUCCUUGCGGGCUCAUUAUCCCUGAAGCGAGUCGACUUCAAGGCCAAGGUCGUGGAUGCACCCGAGAUCAAGGCCAUUCUUGGACCUGGAGAGGACCGCUUGGCUGCUCUGACCGGCGAGGUAUCCUCCGGGCCCGGAGCCCAGGAUGAGGAGAUGAAGGAUGCUACUGUCACCAGAGCCGCGCCUACCACAGCUACCACUGUGGUUAACCUCACCACUCUGGGAGCGGGAUCUGGCAUUCAGUCUGAAACCGAAGCGCCCGUGGACUUUUCGCCUCUUGCAAACCUGGUCGACAGCCUGUAUACCGGCAACUACCGCACUUUCUUCGUAGCAUUGGCUGCCGUGGAGGACAACUUCUUGAACCAAGACCGCUACUUGCACGAGCACCGCGCGUGGUUUGUGCGCGAGAUGAGACUUCGCGCGUACCAGCAACUGCUCCAGAGUUAUCGCGUUGUUGGCCUGAACAGCAUGGCCAGCGACUUCGGCGUCACCGUCGACUACCUGGAUCGGGAUCUUGCCAAAUUCAUUGCCAGCAACCGGAUUGCAUGCACCAUCGACCGGGUCAAUGGCAUCAUCGAGACGAACCGACCUGACGACAAGAACAAGCAGUACGCGGAUGUUGUGAAGCACGGCGAUGCUCUGAUUACGAAACUGCAAAAGUACGGACAAGCCGUGCGGUUGCGAGGAAGCGAACGGAGCUAGGGGGGGUUCUUUCCAGGGAAGGAGUGGUCUGAUCUUGACUCACCACACAUGGUUUAUGACUCGCUAGAUGAGAGACUCAGUGAUUUAUACAUCUUUUGACACCGUUGACCAUUGACACUGCGAGCGUCCAGACACGUGAGGCUGCUGUAUCAUACAUAUAAUGACCUGAAGACAACAUGACCUCAAAGAAAUCGGCUAGUUAUGGGGAGUGGGCCAAAGCUAUUCCCACCGACA